GGUUAGUCUCUAAGGUGCCACAAGUACUCCUUUUCUUUUUGCGAAUACAGACUAACACGGCUGUUACUCUGAAACCUGUUAUUAGAUAAAGGAAAUCUGGCUGAACUGAGCAUUGGUCUGUUCUGCCAGGGUGCUAGAUACCAGAUCAGAUGGAUCAUUCUUCUGUUCAGGUUUAGCAGGAGGUGGAAAGUCUAACUACCUGGAUCACUUGUGCGUUCGCUGUGGCAGAAGAUGGAAUGCUGGAGCAGAUGGCCCCAUGGUCUACCCCUGUUUUGGCACUUGCUAUAUUCUUAUUUUUCUAUGACAGUAGAAAGGAAGCCUAAUAAUCCCUCUAAUGAAACCGACUGGUCCACCUACAGAGUGGAUCAUAGUGGCGAGCAAACUCUAGGGCAGCUGCCAUGAUGAACGUCACACUGAAUUAAAAAAUGACUGUAAGCCCUGAAAGAUGGGGCCUGUCACACUGUGUGGACGGACAGCACCUAGCGCAACGGGGCCCUGCUCUUGGUUGGCCCCUCUAGGUCAAGUAGGGAGCAUUCCAAUAUUUCUAUGAGACAGAUAAGUCAUUCCUCUAGGUGCAGUGUGAUCAUUGCUCGCUGAGGUCCUGCUGGCGUCAAGAGGUCUCUGCAGCUCCCAGAAGAACAGAGCACUCAGAAACUCCCCUGAUGUCUGACCUGGAGUUUGGUCGCAUGUCCGUAAAGGAGGUGGAAAUGGAGGGCAAGUACAAACCUCCACAGCCUCACUGGUACGAGCUGUAUGCCCAGCCCUGCGUGGCAGAGCUCCUGGGGUCGGCGUUGUUCAUCUUCAUCGGGUGCGCUUCAGUGAUUGAGAAUGUGGACGGCACAGGGAGGCUGCAGCCCGCCCUGGCGCAUGGGUUGGCUCUUGGGCUCAUCAUCGCCAUUUUGGGAAACAUCAGCGGUGGCCAUUUUAACCCAGCUGUCUCCCUGGCCUCAUGGCUGAUUGGUGGGCUGAACAUCGUGCUGCUCAUCCCUUACUGGAUCUCCCAGCUGUGUGGGGGACUGAUCGGAGCUGGCCUGGCAAAGGUUAUGACAGCAAAUGACAGAUACAUAAACGCCACUGGAGCGGCUUUCACUAGCAUCACAGACGACGGGCAGAUCCCCUCCGCCCUGGUGGGUGAGAUUGUCAUGACCAUGUUCCUGGUCUUAGCCGUCUGCAUGGGAGCCAUCAACGAAAAAACCAGCAGCCCUUUGGCACCUUUCUGCGUUGGUUUCGUUGUCAUCGCUGACAUCCUAGCUGGAGGCGCUAUAUCUGGGGCUUGCAUGAACCCUGCCAGAGCUUUUGGGCCAGCUCUGGUAGCAAACUACUGGGACUAUCACUGGGUUUACUGGGUAGGGCCCAUGGUAGCCAGCCUGCUAGUUGGUGCGUUGGUAAGGCUCUUGCUUGGCGAUAGGAAAAUUCGCCUGCUCCUGAAGUGAGCCCUGGAUUGGGCCUGCAUGCGGGACACAAUCACUUAUGGAUAGGAAAUUGGCUCUACUUGGCCCCCGGGAGAAACUCUGCUUCACCACACACCAGCGCCUCCAUUCUCACUGUCUGACCACAUGGAACUGCUCAGGGAUCCAAGCUUUCCAGUCUGUUUUUCCCCAGAGAGCAGGUGUCGGCGGGAUGAUCCCACUCGAAGCUACAGAUUCUGUAAAAAAACAAACAAAUCAAAACCAAAAACAUCUAUUGUAUUGAGAUUAAAGAGAAGGCCUGCCUGGCCGGGUAGGAGCGCUGGUCUUUCCUCUCUGUGCUGGGUCAGGGCCUCUUGCUACUGCACGUAUGGCAGCCAGACGCCAGAGCAGUUGUCCUGGGGGUUAAUAUCCAGUAUGGAGAGAAGCUAAAAUGGGCAGGCGGGUCUGGCGGGCAGUGAUGAAGCAGGGCUAGCCUGGUUUGCACAGUGCUCCCGCUGGCAUGACAGAGUGCGGCUGCAGUACCUCGGUGAUGCCAACGCGCUUUCUGCUCCCAGUUGCUGUGGGAAAUUCGCUUCCUUUACUUUUCUGUUCCGGAGAUGGGAGCGCCCAUCCCUGUGUUCCCCUGGCCCCACCGCGUUCCCGGCACAGUACGAGUGGUGCUUCUGGAGAAAGCACUUCUUUAUUGUGUCCCAUGGCCCAAUCCCGUGUGCUGGAUCUCCAGCAAUCUCUCCUGCUCCCCAGGGCUGGCUGACAUCUCCACCGGUUGCCAGACGCUGUAGUGAGGAGCCUGCUCUAAUCCUAAUAAGGUGAAUAAAAGCCGAGAUGAACAGAAA